AUGUCUUCAAUAUUUCACUAUGGACCAAUAUUUUUAGAACAUUGUAAUGGCAAAAUUCGUGAACAAUCAGCUUUUCUUCAAGCAUUACGAAGUUUACCAACUUAUUCUGAACUUCCAUCUGCAAUAGUUGAUUAUCUUGAUUAUAAUUCUAAAUCAACAAUUUCACAAACAUUUGAUCCAUUACGUACAUUAACACCAACAUCAAAUUUGUCAUCACAACCAGUAGCUACUAGUCCACAUUCACAUAUGUUUUCAAGAAUGAAUAGUGUACCAUUAAUGACAACAACUAAUCAACAACCAUUUAAUCCUAUUGGAAAAGAAAAUAUUGCACAAAAAGGCCCAUCAUUAACACAAAAUGCAAAUAUUCGUACAUUAAUUAAUGAUCCAAGUUAUAAUCUUGUUCAUUUAUUAAAUAAUGAUGAACAAUUAUGGAAAUGGAUUGCACAAUAUUUAGUUAUAAAACGUAUUUCAUUAGAACAUAAUUUUCAUUCAUUAUAUGCUGGUUUUCUUAAUACACUUAAUAUCAAUAUUCUUUUUGAUACAGUUUUAAGUGAAAUACAUCGAAAUAUAAAAAUUCUUUUAUUAAGUGAUAAACAAAUUAAUAAUAUUCCUGAUCGUUCAUUAUUAAAAAAUCUUGGCCAUUGGCUUGGAAUGAUUACAAUCGGAAGAAAUAAACCAAUUCUUGCUACGGAUUUGGAAAUUAAAUCUUUAAUUAUUGAAGCAUAUCAUAUGGGUCCACAAGAAUUAUUAUAUAUAAUACCAUUUGUUGCAAAAAUUUUAGAAUCAUGUGCAAAAAGCAAAAUUUUUCAACAACCAAAUCCAUGGUUAAUGGGUAUUAUGUCUGUUCUUGCAGAAAUGCAUGGUAUACCAGAUUUUAAAUUAAAUUUAAAAUUUGAAAUUGAAGUUCUUUGUAAACAAUUAGAAAUUCCAUUAAAUGAACUUCCUAUUCAUCAUAUAUUAAUUAAUAAAGAUUAUUUUGAUAAAAUUGAAAAACAAUUAACAAAUCCAGCUUCUCAAACUGUAUCUAUACCAGCACCUAUUACUCCAUCACCUCAAUCAUUAUCAUCAUCAUCAUCAACUACAACAGCAACAACAACAACAUCAACAAUAACACCUAUAUCUGAACCACAAUUUCGUUUAUCAGAUUUUAAACCAUCAACAUUUCAAUCAUUGAGUUCUAUGCUUAAACUUAAUUCAAAUAUAGCACUUUUUCGUAUACAUCCAAAUCUUAAAACACAUAUAUAUUCACCAAUUGAACAAGCAAUUAAUGAAAGCUUUCAAAAAGUUCAACGUUCACUUAAAGUUGCAACAACAGCAGCUGAAACAAUAGCACGAAAAGAUUUUCUUUUAAAUCCAGAUGAACAACAAUUACGUACAUCAGCACGUAAUAUGGUUGCUUAUUUAAGUAGUGGUCUUGUUUUUAUAAUAGCACGUUCAGCAUUACAAGAACAAAUACAAUCAUAUAUUAAAUCUCAUUUUUGUACUGUACUUGAUAUAUCUCAAACAUCAACAAUAAAUAAUAAUAAUACUAAUAAUAAUGCAAAUAAUAAUAAAACAUCAAACAUUGAAUUAUGUUGUUGUCUAUUACAACGAAUAACAAUAAGUCGUGCUAUACAAUUAAUUGAUCAACGAGUACCAUAUGUUCAAGGAAAUCACAUCCUUUCAGUAGAGGGUUACCGACGCUUGCUUAAAACAUUUGAACCAACUAUUUAUCGAAAUGUUAUUUAUCAUAUUGAUAUAAAUGAUCAUUUUAAAAAAUAUUUUCAUAUGAAUAUUAGUACACAAUAUCAACAUAUACCAUUUAUGACACAUUAUAAUGAAUUGAACGAUUACAUUGAAUCGGAUUUAAACCAAGUUGGUGUUGCAUCUGGUGAAUAUUCAUCCAAUCCACCUGGUUCUAGUUCUAUAUCCGGUACACAUUCAUCAACUCCACCAGAUCAUGACAUUGGACCUGCUGCAUAUUCGUGGAAUUCACCAGGUCAUGGUAUUGCACCUACUGGAUAUUCAUGGAAUUCAUCAAGUAUUGAUCCUACAUUUGUUGCAUAUUCAUCCAAUCCAUCAGCUAGUAUUAUUGCACCUGGUGCAAGUUCAUCGCAUCUACCAAGUGGUGAUGAUUCAUUUCAUGAUCCAUUUUCAGGUUUUUUUGGUGAUUUUUUUCAUUUUGGUGGUUCGAGAGAUGAUGGAUAUAAUCAAGUACCACGUGGUGGAGAUUUAGUUGUGGAUUUAUAUGUAAUACUUGAAGAAGUUUAUAAUGGAAAUUUUAUUGAAGUUGUUCGAGCUAAACCCGUAGCAAAACAAACAGCUGGUUCACGAAGAUGUAAUUGUCGAAUGGAAAUACGAACAACUCAAAUGGGUCCUGGACGAUUUCAAAUGAUGCAAGAACAAGUAUGUGAUAAAUGUCCAAAUAUAAAAUUUGUUACAGAAAAAAUGGUAUUAGAAAUUGAAGUAGAACCAGGUGUAGCUGAUGGAUAUCAAAUACCAUUUAUGGCUGAAGGAGAACCUCAUAUUGAAGGUGAACCAGGUGAUUUGAAAUUUAUUAUUCGUAUUCAAAAACAUGCAAGAUUCGAACGUAAAAAUAAUGAUUUAUACACAAAUUUAACAAUAACUCUGAAAGAUGCACUUAAUGGUUUUGAUGUAUCAUGUCCUCAUCUUGAUGGACAUAAUGUAACAAUUAAACGUCAAAAAAUUACUUGGCCUGGUGCUCGAAUAAAGAAAAAAGGUGAAGGUCUACCACAACAUGAUCAAAAUAAUAUUGUUGGUGAUCUUUAUGUUACAAUUGAUAUUGAUUUUCCUAAAGGGGAAUUCAAUGAUGAACAACGAGAAGCUAUUAAAACUUUAUUACAACAAGCAUCGAAACAUCGAUUAUAUAAUGGCUUAUAG